AUAAUUCACUGCCGACAUUAAACCGCCCCAGGUCCACAAAUCAACAGCGCCAAAUUAUGAGUUCGCUCCACUUCGCCAACGCGCUGUUUCCCAAAUACCAACAAGCCGCUGCGAGCUGCUCCGCUCAGCUCUUCACAGACUCUUCAACUUCUCCCUCCCCGUCUUCCUCUGCUUGUCCUGCCGGGUCUUCUUCGUGCGCCCUCGCUUCCAGCGGAUAUCACCACCAUCAUGUCUCUAAUGGGAGAAGCAGCGGAAGACUCCCUUUCCCUCCCCCCUCCUCUUCUUCUUUUUCUCCCUCCUCCUCCUCCUCCUCUUCCUCCUCCUUCCCCCCCUCCUCUACUUCCUUAUGGUUCUGUUUGUCUCUUUCGGGACUGAACGGGAACAGCGGGGGCACUCAGCCCAGCACGCAUCCUCUGAACCGCGCAGAAAUCCGCACUGGAGGGGCUUACAGCGCGCCGGGAGCCGCACCGCCGUGCUCCUCUCUGCAGAGAUGCGCCGCGGAGGAGCGGUUCCCCCGUCCGCCUCAGCUCUGCUCCUCGCUGGCCGCCAGGGUGCCUGAGCCGGCCUGCAGGAUGCAGAGACGUUCGGAGCAGCAGCAGCAGCAGCAGCAGCAGCAGCCUCAGCCAAACCAAGAGAGGCUACAGAUUUACCCCUGGAUGAGAAGCUCAGGUGCAGACAGGAGGCGCGGCCGGCAGACGUACACGCGCCACCAGACGCUCGAGCUGGAGAAGGAGUUCCACUUCAACCGGUACCUCACGAGACGGCGGAGGAUCGAGGUCGCGCACGCGCUCUGCCUGACAGAGCGGCAGAUCAAGAUCUGGUUCCAGAACCGGAGGAUGAAGUGGAAGAAGGAGAACAGGGCGACCGAGAGCGGCUCCCCGACAGCAGCACCUCUACCGACGGCUGAGGAGCAAGAGGAGGAGGAGGAUGAAGAGGAGGAUGAAGGAUAACUAGACUGGACACUGUUAAUGAACAAAGCAGGAUAACAAAGUGUUUCAGCUUCACUCAGCAGUCAGGUUAUUGUCAUCCAGCAACAACUGCACUGUAAAAAAAAAAUCAUACAGGAUUUUAGUGGCUUCAUCUUUUCUCAUUAACUUCAUGUAAAUUUGUAAGUUUUGUUAAUUUCAAUUGAUAAACAUGAGUUGUUCUAACUUAAAGUAUUUUGACUUGAAAAGAUAAGAAUUAAGUUUUUAAAGAAACAAAACUAGUCGAGCAUAUUAACAGACUUCCCAGCAUGCAUUGCUGGGGGUUAAAACUGUCCAGAGAUUCUCAUUUUUUGUAGUUUGAUGAAAACAGACAUGAUGUAAACUUCAAGUCUAAAGUCGUUGCUGUUUCUUAUAAGGAAUAUAAUAAUAAAAAUAUAAGUCCACUUGAUUUGACUUAUAAAUAAACUUACAUUUAAUUGCUGCCUUAAAACAUGAGUAAACUUGACUUGAAAUGGCGAUUGGUGUGAAUAAAGUUAUCUUAACUUGAAAUUGUGAGAUAAAGUAGAGUUGAAUUGAAUGUUUUUUUAACAAGAUAAAGCAGGUUUUCUUGAAUGGAUAAUAUAACAUAAUUGAACAACUUUUAUAAUUUAACUUUUUGAGUUGAAACAAAGCUUGUCUUAAACUUGUACAUUAGUUAUACAUUUUAUAACUAAUGUUAAAAAAAUGUUAUAACUAAUGUUAUAAAAUGACGUUAGCUAUAAAUAAUGUGUAGAUCCUGUAUACUCAUCCCUUUUACAUCUAUUUAAUUUUGCUUAGAACAUGUGAUACAUUUCUUAAUGUAGACCAUUGACCGUACCUGCUAAAAUUCCAUAUAUUAAUUCAGCUCAGUCAUGCCUUUCUAGAGAAAAAAAAAAUGCUCAAAUGAGAACCCUGGCUGGUGUUUGUGGGACUAUCCUAUAGCUAAAGUUUCCUGAAAGUAAAUUAAUAUAUUCAUCAUACACACUCAUAUCGGAAAUAUCCACUUACUGUACUCGUGUGUUUGUAGUACUGUAUUUCCUCAAGGCGUCAACAUUUCACAUUCUGUUUUUUCAGACAUGUAGAGGAACCCUCUGCCCACUGUCACACACAUUUGGGAUGAAUCAGAGCUUGCAUUGCCAAAUGACCGGAGUUCAGAUGUGUCAACACCCAUUUGUCCUGCCUUUAUUUUGCACUUCUUUUAUUUCUGGAGCGUGUCAAAAUAUUUGUCAAUUCAACUAAAACUGACAACUGUUUACUGACAUUUUUAAGGCAGCAACUGAAUUUAAGUUUUUAACCACAGGAAUUAUUUUUACAGCCUGAGAAGCUGUGAAAGACACGUUAAAACGACAGGAAAUAAUAUGUAACUUACAUCAGUGUAGUUGUGUGCUGUGAUGUAUUUAUUUCCAUCAGGUUGUAGGGCAGAAUCAUCAUGUUUCAGCUCUGUGUGUCUCUUCAACCUCUUCAACAGCAGAGAGGGAAACCAGAAAGUAAUGAUCAUAUCAAGUGUAGGGGGUCUAUGUCAGUUCAGGUUUUAUGGAAUCCAUAUAGAAUCCUUCGUGUUAUUAUGAGAGAAGUUUCAUCACCUGAUCUGCAGCAGAAAGGGACACAAUGUUUGUUCAUGUAAUGAAUGAAAGGGCAGACAUGAUGUCUGUGGAUAUGCUGCUUAUUGUUAAUGAUGAAAACUGUGUAUAAUCCAGAGAAUGAAAGGAUGCAGGGAUGGAAUCACAGCUUCAUGUUGCUUUUUUUGUGAUUCCCACUCACUAAUGAAUUUUCUUAUUGCCCAGCCACCAACUACACUCUGUGCACUUUUCCCGCUUUUUAGGAAAAGAUCCUCAUAAUUACACAUUUAAUUACUUUGAAUUUCUGUUCAUUUAAACUCCUUUAUGAUCUCAUUUUUUAAAAAAAGGUUUGUAGUGGAGGAUUUUUUUUUUCAGAUUUUCCAUCUAAUUAGAAUCACAAAAAUAUCAAAAUCAGCAUUAAAAAAAAAAGCCAACACUUUACACAUAGUAGCUGUAGCUACAUCUGCUCUUGUGCUUUAGAAUAUGGGGUUGAUUCUGUCUCUAAAGGGUUAGUAGGGUUAGUAUUAUAUGUAAUAUCAAAUCUUCAAAUGUCAUGUGGUUAAACUAUAUGUGUACGUUGUCCUGAAUUGAUUUUUGAUUCAAUAAUUCAGUUGAUAGAAUAAAACUCUUAUAUCUUUGAAUAGUUGGUCAAUGAGUUUGUGUCUGUCACGUGUUUGUUGAUAAAUGGCUCCACUGGAGUUCAGCUGUGUCUUCUCUUGUAUGUAAAUAAUAAAA